AGGGGACAUCUCAAACCUGAGGACUAGCAACGUGAUCCGAAGCCAGAGGAAACUACAACAUGUACCAUCCACGAGAAUUAUACCCCUCCCUGGGGACUGGCUAUCGUCUGGGGCACCCCCAGCCUGGGGCAGACUCCAGCUUUCCGCCUGCCCUGGCAGAGGGCUACCGCUACCCUGAUCUGGAUACCACAAAACUGGAUUGCUUCCUCUCUGGGAUUGAGGCAACGCCCCGUCCCCUGGCCGCGCCGCCUCCUCUGCCCCUUCUGCCCCCAGCCCUGGGCACUGAGGCAGCCCCGCCAGCUCCAGAGGCUCUUCAUUCCUUUCCUGGGGUCAGCCUGAGCCUGGAGAACCAGGAACUCUGGAAAGAGUUCAGCGCUGUGGGGACAGAGAUGAUCAUCACCAAGGCUGGCAGGCGCAUGUUCCCCGCUUGCAGAGUGUCAGUCACUGGUCUGGACCCAGAGGCACGCUACCUGUUCCUUCUAGAUGUGGUUCCAGUGGAUGGGGCCCGUUACCGCUGGCAGGGACAGCGUUGGGAGCCCAGUGGCAAGGCAGAGCCCCGCCUGCCUGAUAGAGUCUACAUCCACCCUGACUCUCCGGCCACCGGUGCCCACUGGAUGCGGCAGCCUGUGUCUUUCCAUCGUGUUAAGCUCACCAACAGCACGCUGGACCCCCAUGGCCACCUGAUCUUGCACUCCAUGCACAAGUACCAGCCCCGCAUUCAUCUGGUGCGAGCUGCCCAGCUCUGCAGCCAGCACUGGGGGGGUGUGGCCUCCUUCCGCUUCCCAGAGACUACAUUCAUCUCUGUGACAGCCUACCAGAACCCACGGAUCACACAACUGAAGAUUGCAGCCAAUCCUUUUGCCAAAGGCUUCCGGGAGAAUGGCAGAAACUGUAAGAGGGAGCGAGAUGCCCGUGUGAAGAGGAAGCUUCGGGGUCCAGAGCCAGUAGUCACAAAGGCCUAUGGGAAUGAGGAUACACCAGGGGGUCCCUGUGACUCCACCCUGGCUGGGGACAUUCGUGAUUCAGAUCCAGAACAGACCUCAGUUCCCCGGGAAGCUGCCCCAGCUCCUCCAUGUGGCGGGCCCAGCGCUGAGGCCUACCUCCUGCGCCCUGCAGCCUUCCAUGGGGCCCCCAGUCACCUACCAGCCAGGAACCCCAGCUUCACUGAGCCUCCAGACUCUGGACGCCCAGCUCCCUACUCAACUGCGUUCUUGGAGCUACAGCCUGGACCAGGGGGCUCCUACCAGGCAACCCCACCGGCACCAUCCUUUGCCCCACACUUCAUCCAAGGAGGUCCCUUCCCCCUACCAUACCCAGGGCCUGGAGGUUACCUGGAUGUGGGAUCCAAACCAAUGUACUGAGCCAUGGCAGAGCGUGUGCCAUCUUCCCUCAAACUUCCAGCGCCCAUCCCCCAGGCGGGUAGUCCCCUCAUUCUCAUUCGACUGGCUCCAUCCCCCUCACCAAAUGGCUGCCUUAGGUCAGUUCCCUACCCCCCCUAGUUCACACCUUGAUCUUAUU